AUGGAAAUUCACUUCCCUACCAUCACAAUCACCGAGCAACAAUACCAUUCUUAUAGCCAGCGUCAUCCUUUCAGCGUUCUUCAAGGAGGUUUCCCCACUAUGAUCCAUCGUCAGCCGUCGUCGCAUCAACAGCAAUAUGACGACCUUCGAGUUGUCUUUUUUGACGACGACGAUGAAGAAGAAGAGGCUCACGAUGUGUUUUCCUACUACCAUCCUCAUCAAAACCAUCAACAAAGGCAGCACUUGGCUCGUCUGCACCAACAGCAAGAACAACAGCGAGAAAUAGAAAAAAGCCGUUAUAUUUUGCAACACUUGCAACAACGUCAGCAAAUGCAAGAAGCCGCAGCAGCAGCCGCUGAAAGACGUCGUCGUCAGCUCCAACUCCAACAGCAGCAGCAAAAAAAACAACAAGAAGAAGCAGCUCGGAUCCGCUACUUGCAACGCAUUCAAGCCGAGCAACUGCUUUACCGUCAAAAGGAACAACAAUUGAGACGUCAACGCGAAUUGGCAGUAGCAGAACAGCAACGCCAACGUCAACGACUUUAUCAGGAACGACAAGCGGAAUUGUAUCGCCAGCGUCUCAUUGAAGAAUUACUUGCUGAACGUGAACAGAAACGUCGAAGACUCGUUGAAGAACAACAACAGCAACAACUAUCCCAGAACUUGUUUACGUUCUUGUUUGGUGAUGACGAGAGCGAACAAGAUCAAGAUGUCGAAAUGGAAGAACCCCAACAGCAGCAGCAGCAAGCUUCGUCGUCCUCUCGUCCUAUUGCUGUUAAUGACCCAUCACAACGACAGCAACGACAUGAUAAAGGAAAGUCCAUUGUCAACAGAAAGCCAGAACAACAGUAUUCACGUUCCAUUCCAAUCGACGAACCGCAACAGCAAGCCGCCCAUUCCUCUGUACAAGAAGAACAUCAAGUCGUCGAGAAACAACAAGAACAGACUACCAAGAAGGAUGAUAUUGACAACGGCGAGCAAGCAUCAUCUGUUGCCACCAGUACCGACGACUAUGACAUUGAAAUGCUCUUUGAAGAAGAAGAAUCAGCAGUACCCAAGAGCGAUGACGACGGUGAUAGCCAAGAAUCUAUGCAUGACGAAACGUGGGAGCAGAUCAGUAGCAGCAACAGCAGUAGUGGUAGUAGUAGCAGCAAUGAAGAAGUCGGUGACGACGACGACGACGACAACAUAGAAACCAAGCACCUACAGCUACGUAUAUUGGGCGAACAAUUGGCACAACUAAGCGAAAAGCAAGAAUCAACUAUUCCAACAACACGAUUACAAUUUGUUACGCCUGCUGCUGCUGUUGGCAGACAAGAACAAGACGACGAUUCCACAACCUCUACAACAACGAGUGAUCACCACCAAGACGUAAUGAUAACAGCCACCAGUCCUGAAAAUCGACAGUUCCUUGGUCUAGAAGACGAAGUGAUGCGACUCAUGUUACAGUUAGAUGCUAUUGAAUCGAACGGAAACAUGGCUAUUCGAAAGGAACGCAAGGCUUUGAUCCGAAAGGCCGAACAACUGUUGGCCAAAAUGGAUGACCAUAAGCAGCAGGAAUGGGAACGGAUAUCUGUCACCAGCAGUAGUAAUGGUUCUUCAACUUCUUCGUAG